AUGGUCCCCGCCACCGGCGCGCUGCUCUGGGCCCUGCUGCUGAGCCUGGGGCCCCGGGCGGCGGGGGCCGAAGGCCUGACUUCCACCGCGAUGCCGCGGGACAGUUUCCGCUUCGGGGGCCCUAUGACCCGCAGCUACCGGAGCACCGCCCGGAGCACCCGGAGAGUUGAUUCCCAGAAGAUGAGGGUAACAAUGGAGGAUGAGGACGACGUCGUGGCCGUGGCCGACGGCCUGGCAGGCCCAGCCGCUGCCAAGCUCUUGGCCUCCAUGGUGUCCACAGGUAGCAGGUUGCAAUUGUCAGCGGAGGAGGAUGGGUCUUUGGAAGAGGGGGUUGUGAUUUAUGCUAGAAAGAAUAACACCGAGGUGGAGACUCACAAUACGACUUCCAGUGCACCUGGGGGGCCUAGCCCAGGGUUUACAGCGAAUGACCAGGAUUCCGAAAUCAGGAUGAGUUCAAGCCAGUGGCCCUCCACCUGGAAGGCUAAUGUGGACCAGCUGCUCUCCGACACUACCCUGAACCAGUGGUCAACAGCACGGUCCACCCCGAACCAGUGGCCACCGCCCUCGCCCACAGCCAUGCCAGCUCCCGAGGAUCCACAGCUGGUGCUGAUGCCCUGGGGCCCGUGGCACUGCCACUGCAAGUCCGGCACCAUGAGCCGGACCCGGGCCGGGAAACUGCGUGGCCUUUGGGGGCACCUGCGAGUUGGGGCGCUGAGCCAACUCCGCACUGAGCACCGGCCUUGCACCUACCACCAAUGCCCCUGCAACCGUGAGCGGGAGGAGUGCCCCCUCGAUACAGGUCUCUCUCCUGACACCAGCUGCACCACUCAGACCACAACCAGGGCCACCACCGCUACUCCCCCUCCCCCACUCGUCAGCCGACUCAGACCCACCCCCUUCAUCCCCAGUCUCUGGCCCAACCCAGCCCUUGCUUUUUGGAAAAGGGUCAGGACUGAGCUGGAGGAUAUUUGGAACAGCCUGUCUACAGUGUUCACAGAGCUGCAACCAGUAAGUGUUUAGUGAUGAGCCAGCAUCUUUGUUAAGGCAUCUGAAGAGUCCUGAUA